AAUAAGCACAAAGCAAACGAAGGAUAUAUUACCGGUCAUUGUUAAGAGCAGAAACGCUAACCUUAUAUGAGUCGUCGGUGAGGCUACAAUAACAGUAGAGAAGGACCGUCAAAACGACAAGCUGCUGGGAGGAUGUUCGCAUAGUCCACCUCUAAAACGACAGCUGAUAUUUCUCCCUCGCCUGAAUGUGGAGCACCCUGUGAUUUCCAGUGCUAAACCCUUGUGAUUCUGAAUUAUCCUUCGUCUCCGCAUACCCGCAUAGCUUUAUCGCUUCAAUACAAUGGCUGUUUCAAAGAAAAAUGCUUGUGUCCCUUGCCACUUAAUCUGUGCGGUUAUCAUCGGGUUAAUCGUUAACAAGGCUCUGUGCAUCAGAACUCCGGAUCGGGGCCCUGAAUUCAACAAGGACUUGCCAGACCAAGAACAACACUUGAAGAUCGCGGUUUUCGCUAUGGGAAGCUUCUGGAGAUCCGAGGCCGUCUUCGGGUGCUUGCCUGGCGUCAUCCGGACUAGGGCUGGAUAUGCUGGCGGAUCCAAGAGAAGUCCUGAAUAUAGAAACCUGGGUGACCACGCCGAAGCCGUUCAGAUUGAGUAUGACCCCAGGCUGAUUAGUUAUAAGGAGCUUUUGAAUGUGUUCUGGUCAAGUCAUGAUCCCAGGCAAGUAUUUGGCCAAGGUCCUGACGUGGGUAAUCAGUACAGAUCUGUUAUUUUUACUAAUGGAACUGAAGAAUCAAGACUGGCUAGCAUCAGCAAAGAGAAUGAACAAACCAGGUCAAGAAGCAGCAUUGUGACCACCCAAAUUCAGGAACUCGGAGAAUUUUAUCUUGCGGAACCUGAGCAUCAGAAAUUUGAACUCAAGCAGAACCCCUUCCUUCUUCAGCUAAUUGGUAAUCUGCCUGAAGAGGAACUUGACAGGUCAAGUAUGGCAACAAAAUUGAAUGGGUAUGUGGCGGAGCUUUGCCCUCCAAAACUCCAGAAACAAAUUGAUGCAAAGAUCAAUGAGAUUGUGAAAAAGGGUUGGCCCCUUUUGAGGGAAUUCUAGUUGGCAUCUGGGGAAGAACCUCUUGUUUUCAUGAAUCAAUUGCGUGCUUAGAUUACGCACUCUGGUUGUUAGAAAAAAUCAGAAUUACACAUUAGAGGAAAAACCAGAUCAUCUGGCUGUGCAGUUUUAUCAUUCUGCCUUGUACUUUUUCUUGAUACUGUUGUCUCUUUUGGGUUACACAGAAACGUAUUCUUAUAUAAGAUUUUUUGGAGAAAAACAUCAGGUCUUGUCAUUUAUAGAUUAUAAAUUAUGUCAUGUAUAGAUCAAUGCAAACUCUAAAUUUAUGUAGUUUAUUUCUCCA